AGCAGUUUCUAACUGACGGAAUAACUCGGGGAAACAGCUAAGUGUGGCAGCCUGCACAGAAAUAUAAAACAGAUGUCCUCAGACGAAGAGGAACCAACAAGUCCUGUUCUGCCUAAGGACUCUGAUGCGGGCAGCUCUGUCUCCUCUGAGCUUCAGGAUGAGUAUGAGGAGCUCCUUCGCUAUGCUGUGGUCACCCCUAAACUUGACAGACUCACCACUGCUCACUUGCAGCAGCUUAGCACCUCACAUCUGCCUGCAGAGGGUCGGAGUUCUCGGAGAAAAGAUGACACAAAAUCACUGCGCCCAGCAGAUACCGCCACUGAAACUCAAGAUGGAAGGCAUUCAAGCCGGAGUGUCAGAUCAUCACAGGUUUCCCCUGUGAUUGUUGAGCCCUCCACACAUGUUGAGGAGCUGGCAGGUCGGUCAUCUAGCAGGGCAUCGCUGGCCUCAAACACUCCCUCAGACAGGUCACAGAGGGCGUCUGAGAGGUCUCGGUCAAACAGCCCAAACCUCCUCGAGUCCGCUGUGACAGAGAUGUUUAUCUCGGAGGAGAACAUAAGCAAGAUGGAGAACAUUCUGGACACAUGGAGCAACAACCUGAAGUCAAAUGUGCUGACUGAGCUCAGGAAGUGGAAGCUGGCCUUCAUGGAGCAACACAAGCUGGAGAUGAGGAAAGAGAGGGAGAGGCAUGCCGCCCAGACAGCUGCCCUGAGGUCAGAGCUGGACAGCCUGAAGGGGCUGCUGCAAACCUACGAGACUUCCAACCAGAGAAAAGAUGAGGUGAUUGUGAACCUGAGCCAGGUGUUGGACAGACAAAAAGAAAAACAGGAAAAAAUGAGGGCCUUCACCCACUGGAGACUCAAGCACACUGAGGCCAAAGAGGAGGCUCAUGCUGCCCGAGUAGCACGGCAGCACUACAAUUUGCAGCUGAAGAAGAGGGUGUGGUCAGGCUGGCAGUCCCUGAUCCAGAAACACUGGAAGGUCAAGGUGGAGCGGGCUUGCCGUGCACGGGCUGAGGAGGUCUGCACCCGCCUGUCUGAAGAGUAUGAAGCCAAACUGGCAGAGCACUGUGAAGCUAUAGAGAAGGCCCAGGCAGAGAUUCAGAGACUGCGACUAGAGCGAGAGCGCUAUGAAGACUCUAUGAAGAAAGCCUUCAUGAGGGGCGUAUGUGCUCUCAACAUGGAGGCUCUCGGCAUGUUCCAUACUGCAGAGGGACGGACAGAACAACCUUCAGUUCAUGAUCAGAAUGAUAUUUUACCUCCCCAGGAUGAGCCUGGCUCUGUUACAUUGGCUCAACUUCAACCGUAUCCCAUCUCAUCAACACGGUACAGUCCAGUCCACUUUGACCGCCCGGACCCUUCCCACAGCGAAGUAGAGGAUAUGGUGGGAUCUGGUGCCCCCGGGUCUAGAGCAGAAGUGAUCCCUCCUACUACAGUGGUGCACAGCUCCCUCCCACAUGGGGGCACUGCAAGUUCCCACAAACAGGUGAGCGGUCGUGUUGUCACAGCCAGUCAACAAAAACCCUCAAAGACUGUGACGGCUCGGAUCACUGCACGUAGUGACGUCAGUAAGGCUGCACGCAGCAACCUCCAGGUGAUGGGUGUGGCACCACCCAUGAGCUCUGUGAUAGUCGAACGCCAUCAUCCUGUUACGCAGGUCACCAUCGGUCAGGCCAUGGCUUCUAAGUUUCCCCGCUCAUCACAACAGGGCCAAAGCUCCACCGGAGGCAGACGCAAGUCCAGAGCACACACCAGCACAUGCCACGUACACUCUAUCAAAGUAGUUGACUGACCACACACACAU